AUGGCUCAUUCAAAACCAUUUCAGUCUAUUGAAGAAGCAUUGGUAUAUUUUUAUACAUUAUCAGAUGAUGAAGAGUGUAUUGAUAUUUGUCAACUGCCUCCAAAAGAAAGUGGAUAUGAUGAAAUAUCUCAAGAAAUUUCAUUCGAUCCUCAAGAACCUUCAUCUUCAAAGGGAAAGAAAAAUGUGAAGCGAAAACUAAAUGUGAAAGAGAAAAACAGUGAACAUCGGUGGGGGAAAAAUUUAAAUUUUAACAAAAUUCUAAAAACUGGCAGCAUUGAAAAUAUUUGCGAAGUGUUUCCUAAACUAGUUACUUUAUCUCCAGUUGAAGUUUUUCACAAAUUCCUAACUAGAGAAUAUUUGCUGCAUUUAGCAAAUAUGACAGGUCUUUACACAAUGCAGAAAGGAGAAGUUUUAGCAGUAGAUGAAAACGAUAUUGGACAGUUUUUUGAAUUACUGCUGUUUAGUGGGUAUCAUGGAGUACCCGGCGAAGAUUUAUACUGGAGCACUCAAGAAGAUUUAUCUGUCCUAGUAGUUUCUUCUGUAAUGCCAAGAAAUAGAUUUCGAAAAUGA